CUGAGUCAACGCGUUGCCGUUGGACCCCUGGCAUAUUUCAUUCAAUAUUCGUGGGCUUGCUUCUCUCAUUGAGAAGCACCAAUCAAAUUAAAGCUUUCAUAAAUAGUUAGAUAAGGAUUCAGCUGACACCUCAAAUGUACGUGUUACAAGUUGUUUAUCAUAGAAUGCUUAAUGUGAUUGGUUGAGAGAUAAGAAAAACAAUCAAGAUUUGUAAUUUUUCCGAAAGACGUCGCCAUAGUCAGUCCACAAAUAUUGAAUGAAAUAUGCCAGGGGUCCAACGGCAACAUGUUGACUCAGGACAGCUGGCUUGCGAGGAUGAUCAGUGGUGUUAGACAGGAAGAUAAAGAACAAAUUGAAAGUUAAUCCGAUAUGAUUUAAAAUAAACACAGCUAAGAUGACUAGUUCCAGUCCUACUUCCUGGGCACAAGAGGUCAUUAUCUGUGACUUUUGUGACAAAGCCGUUCAGCAGUUCUGUAACAACUGCCAAGUCAAUUUAUGUGGAGACUGCAUCAACAAGCAUGUCAACAAACACAAGUCUCUUACACAUGAUAUUGUUCCUUUCAAGAACAGAAAGGUACAACUAAUUUUUCCCGAGUGUGAAUUUCAUCCCAACCAAAGAUGUGAAGUCCAUUGCCAGAAGUGUGAUGUUCCAGUAUGCAUCAAGUGUUUUCUCGGUCAACAUAAGGGUCACGAUGCUGUUGAGAUAUCAGAAAUUGUUCAAGGGAAGAAACAGCAAAUUAGAAGAGAGAUGGAAGAAAUUGAAUCUGUUAUCAUUCCAAAGUUUAAAAACAAUGAUGCUGAAAUAGAGAGUAAAAUUUUAAAAUCAGCUGAGGAUUAUGACCAGUUAGAAAAGGAAACAGAAAAGCUGAGAACACGUUGGAAUGAAGAGGUAGACACCAUCUUUAAUAAUGUCAGAACUUUGAUCAAAUCUAUGAGAGACAAUGAUAUGGAAGCAAAGAGAGCUUACAAGGCCAAGUGUAACAACCUGAUUUCAGAAAUGAUCCAAACUGUAAGACAAAACAAAGACAUCCUGCAGACAAACAGAGUGUCUGAUGUAGAAAACUACAAAUCCAAACUGAAGGAAUACAGAGAUAUGCCUGCUGAUAUUGAUGUUCAAAUACCUCCACUGAAUUCCAAAACAGACCAAGGAAGAGAACUAAGCCUAGAAUUAGGAAAAUACAUGGUUAUGUUGAGACAAGGAUCUCCAUCAGACCUGACAGAUGAUGCACUGCAUUUAUCCACGAAAAGGUUGCUAGACAAAGCUAGAGUGAUUGCCACUAUAUCCUCUAGUGUAGUAAAAUCUACAUACAGUGUGGCCUGUUUAGGAGCAGAUGAAGCUUGGGUAAGUGGUGGCAGCAAUAUCAUAAGGCGUUUUAACAUACAUGGAUUUGAAAUAGACUCUGUCAGAAUCGAUGUCAAAAACACUUUCAAGGGUAUCACACUCACAAGACAAGGAGAUCUGAUAUACAGUGACGCCGACAAUAACACUGUAAACAUAGUCAGACAUAAGAAGAUAGAGAUACUGAUCACCAUACCAAAUGGCUGGCGUCCAUGGGGACUGUACUGUACCAGGUCAGGAGACAUCUUGGUCAGUAUGUCAGAUGUCGAUAGUCGCCUAAAAAAAAUAGUCCAAUAUCAAGAAGGAGCAGUAAAAUGCGAAAUAAAUAAAGAUAAAUAUGGAAUCCCAAUCCUUAGCCCCGGGCGGUAUAUAAAUUUUGUGGCUGAAAAUCGGAAUGGAGAUAUUUGUGUCUCUGAUAAUAAUGCUGGAAACGUGGUUGUGGUUGAUCAAAGAGGAAAUGUUCGAUUUCGAUAUGACGGUUUACCAGCUAAGAGGAAGGAACCACUUGAUCCUAUGCAAAUAGUAACAGAUUCUAUGGGAAACAUCUUAGUGGCAGAUGAAAACAAUGGCUGUCUACACAUUUUAGAUCAGAAUGGGAAAUUCUUGAUGUGUGUAGACCAAUGUGGACUAGAUAAACCUAGUGGAUUGAGUGUAGAUGGUAUGGGACGAUUAUGGGUAGGAUUCAAAUGUUCAGGAAGCUUGAAAGUGAUUCAAUACAUCAGAUGAUUUGGUAUAUCUAUAUUGGACUCGAAAGGCGUACAACGAAAAAAAAAUUCCAACAUCUGAUUCCCUAUUCCUACCACUGAAUAUCAAUACAUCUGAAUCUGUAAAUAGUUUCAUAAUACUUAAUAAUGAUGAGCCUUAAAUUCGUCAACUUUUUGUUUGAAGCUUCUAGCUUGUUGUUACAAUCAAAAAAAUAUCAUCAGUGAAAAUGGUGAUUAUAGUAUUUGUUAUCGCUUUGUUUCUUUUAUUAAAUA